UUACCAAAGGCUGAAACGCCCACCCAAUUCUCUGCCAGUGUGAAUGGGAGCCAAAUAUGGCCUGGAACCGCUUUGGGAUUCUCCUCCCUUUUAUAUGCAAUUUGCCAUUUCUUCAAACCCUUUUAAUAUGCUGCACUAAAUGCUCCCUCGCGCUCACGCAUUCCCUUUUAUUUUUUCUUUUUUUAUCUAUUCAUUAUUGUCUAGCCCGCUUUCUCUCCAUCUCUUAAAAGGGUAUUUCUAGAAUCGUGGGUUCUUGUUUUUGGGGGGUUUGAGUUUUUUUUCAGUUUUCUCUCUGUAGGGUUGGAGUUGUAAGAGUUAUGGAAGAAAAACAACAUCCCAGUCCUGCAGACGUGGCAGAUGCCUUUGUGAAGCAAUUUUAUGUGAUACUCAAUCAAUGUCCUGAAAAUCUCCAUAAGUUUUACCAAGAGGCAAGCCUGCAAGGCUGGGCCGGGGCUGAUGGUGUUGUUACGCCUGUGACAACCUUAAGUGGAAUAAGUGAAAAGGUCAUGUCUUCUGAUUACAAAUAUUGCUCUGUUGAGGUCAAAACUACAGAUGCACAAGAAUCUAUGGAGGGAGGGAUCAUUGUUGCUGUAACUGGUUGCUUGACCGGAAAGGAUAAUCUGAAAAGGAAUUUUAGUCAGACAUUUUUCUUGGCAAAACAGGAAAAAGGAUUCUUCGUCUUGAAUGAUAUUCUUCGGUUUUUUUAUGUAAGCGAGUCAACAACUAAGGCUGCUCCGACUCAGAAUUCUGCUCCACGCGACAGUUGUGAUGGCCCUACAACCUUAAACUUCAAAGCAGCAAUUCAAAAUGGAAAAGUUGAGGAAGCAUCAGAUCUCUCCAUCUCAGUGCACAAUCUUGCGAAUGGUGCUGCUGGUGCGACGCCCUCCAGUAUUCUUUCGGGUGAAAACAAAUCUGCUUCACCGGUAAAAUGUGCAAAAUCACAGUCAGUUGAUGCACCUGAUACAAAUGGAAAAGUGAGCUCAGCUGUCAAACCAGAUAAAAAUGAGAAAAUCCCCUCAGUUGUCACACCUGCUUUAAAUGUAGCCCCAAAAAUCACCUAUGCUUCUGUGCUUGCGAAAGAAACUCCUGCAAUUUCUCCAAGGGUAGCAGCGGUUGCUGUGAGUGUUAGCAAACAAGCAGUGGCGUUGCCAACAACUAAACCAUCUUCCCCUCGUGGUGACAUUUCACCGAAGGUAUCAGCAACUCUUAGUGGCGGUGUGUCUUCCUCAAGUAAAGUUGCAUCUAAGUCUUCAAGAGGCGGCCAAGGCAUACCUAGUACUACUAGUGCCUAUGCAGAAGCUAAAGGAAUAUAUAUUGGCGGAUUACCUUACGACAUUACUAAACAAGGAAUUAUUGAUGUUGUUAAACAAUUUGGGCAAGUUAAAAGAUUUUCAGACACUGUUCAGAUCAGAAGACACGAGGAUGGUUUCUGCUGUGGAUUCGUGGAAUUUGAAUCUGCAGAUUCUGCACGUCGUGCAGUGGAGGCGCAUCAUGUGAUGUUUGGAGACAAGGAAGCUUAUAUCAUGUACAAGAAACCUUAUAAUCGAGGUAACAACGGUAGAGCGAGGUCGCCAACGAAGCGUGGGCCCCGCAACGGCAACUCCGAUGUAACAGAUAACGGAGAUUGGACUAACUACAGUCAGCGGCCAAGGCAGGCCAGUCGAGAUCGCCUUCAGUAAUCUGCAUUGAUCACUGUGCCAUUGAAUAUCAUGCUUAUAGAGCCACAUUCAUUGCCUAUGAUGCAACACAUCAUUAAACUACAUAUUUUUAAAAAACUAUAUUUUUGCAAUAAGUUGGCAAUUUUUGCUUGCA